AUAGUCCACUGCAACUUGUUCCACUUGCCUUCGUAUCCAUCCUAACAUACAUUUACUACUUAUAUACUUGUCAAUUCCCAUCAAUAUCAUAUCCGUUUAUCAUGUCAGAAGACCCAUCCAUCAAAAAAGAUCUCGUUGGCACUGAUCAAGAUCCUGCUACUGCCAUCCUGAGACCAAAGAAAUCUCCCAAUCGUUUAGUUGUCGACGAAUCAACCGCCGAUGAUAACUCAGUUGCCACCCUCAAUCCAGCCACGAUGGAGAUCCUCUCGCUUUUCAGGGGUGACACCAUCAUUGUCCGUGGAAAGAAACGCAAAGAUACCGUCCUGAUUGUACUUAGCAGUGAUGAUGUGGACGAGGGCAAGAUCCAGAUGAACAAGGUCGCUCGUAACAAUUUGCGAGUCAAAUUAGGAGACGUGUGUAACGUGCACCCUUGUCACGACAUCAAAUACGGCAAACGGAUCCAUGUGCUUCCUUUCGAUGACUCCGUCGAAGGCCUUACUGGGAAUAUAUUUGAAGUGUUUUUGAAGCCAUACUUCCUUGAGGCUUACCGACCGCUCCGAAAAGGAGACUCCUUCCUUGCUCGCGGGGCCUCCCGAUCAGUUGAAUUCAAAGUCGUAGAGACUGAUCCCGCUGAGUAUUGUAUCGUUGCACAAGACACCGUCAUCCACACUGAAGGCGACCCAAUCAAACGGGAAGACGAAGAGGGAAAUCUCAAUGACGUUGGUUAUGACGACAUUGGGGGAUGCCGCAAGCAGAUGGCCCAGAUCCGUGAAUUAGUCGAAUUACCGCUUCGUCAUCCUCAACUCUUCAAGAGUAUCGGUAUCAAGCCCCCUCGUGGUAUUCUUAUGUUCGGUCCUCCUGGAACUGGUAAAACUCUCAUGGCCCGUGCGGUCGCCAACGAGACUGGUGCAUUUUUCUUCUUGAUCAAUGGGCCCGAAAUCAUGAGUAAGAUGGCUGGAGAAAGUGAAAGUAACUUGCGAAAAGCAUUCGAGGAAGCCGAGAAGAACGCACCUGCAAUUAUUUUCAUUGAUGAGAUCGAUUCAAUCGCCCCUAAGAGAGAAAAGACCAAUGGAGAAGUCGAACGUAGAGUAGUAUCUCAACUCCUGACUUUGAUGGAUGGUCUCAAAGCUCGAUCCAAUGUUGUGGUGAUGGCUGCCACCAAUCGCCCCAAUUCCAUCGAUCCUGCGCUGCGUCGGUUCGGUCGAUUUGAUCGUGAAGUUGAUGUCGGUAUUCCAGACGCUACAGGCCGACUCGAAAUUCUACGCAUCCAUACCAAGAACAUGAAACUCGGUGAGGAUGUUGAUCUAGAGAAGAUAGCAGCCGACACCCAUGGUUACGUGGGUUCGGACGUGGCAUCUCUCUGUUCGGAGGCGGCUAUGCAGCAGAUCAGAGAAAAAAUGGAUUUGAUCGAUCUCGACGAAGAUACGAUCGAUGCUGAAGUAUUAGACUCACUCGGAGUGACGAUGGACAACUUCAGAUUUGCUCUGGGCACCUCCAAUCCAUCUGCUUUGCGAGAAACAGUUGUGGAGGUUCCGUCAGUCACUUGGGACGACAUCGGUGGGUUGGAAAAAGUCAAACAAGAACUUCAGGAGACUGUUCAAUAUCCAGUGGAGCACCCCGAAAAGUUCCUCAAGUAUGGUAUGUCACCAAGUAAGGGUGUCUUGUUUUAUGGACCUCCUGGUACCGGUAAAACGCUCCUCGCGAAAGCCAUCGCCAACGAGUGUCAGGCCAAUUUCAUCAGUAUCAAAGGACCUGAACUGCUCACUAUGUGGUUUGGUGAGUCAGAGGCCAAUGUGCGAGAUGUAUUCGACAAAGCAAGAGCAGCCGCUCCCUGUGUGAUGUUUUUUGACGAGUUAGACUCAAUUGCUAAAGCUCGAGGAGGUAGCUCUGGUGAUGCUGGAGGUGCUGGUGAUCGAGUCCUCAACCAGAUUCUAACGGAGAUGGACGGAAUGAACGCAAAGAAGAACGUUUUCGUUAUCGGUGCUACCAACAGACCUGAUCAAAUUGAUCCCGCUCUGCUGCGACCGGGACGAUUGGAUCAAUUGAUUUACAUUCCACUCCCCGAUGAGACGUCUAGGGAAUCGAUCUUGAAGGCUGCCUUGAAGAGGUCGCCUCUAGCGCCUUCUAUUGACUUGACAUUCUUGGCCAAAUCUACUCAUGGUUUCUCUGGUGCCGAUCUUACCGAAAUUUGCCAGCGGGCGGCUAAGCUAGCAAUUCGUGAAAGUAUCGAAAAAGACAUGCAAAAGGACAGAGAGCGCCGUGAAAGAGAAGCUCAACUUGAGGUGACUGGAGGUGAUGCGAAGAUGGACGAGGACGCUGGCGAAGAGGAGGACCCAGUACCCGAGAUCACCGCUGCUCACUUUGAAGAGGCUAUGAAGUACGCUCGCCGGUCGGUAUCCGAUCAAGAUAUCAGGCGAUAUGAGAUGUUUUCAACAAAUUUACAACAGAGCCGAAGUUUUGGAAGCUCUUUCAAAUUCCCUGAGGGCGAGGGCAAUGCACCGAGUGCUGGUGCGCAAGGUGGAGCUCAGUUUGGGCAAGAAAAUGAAGAUGACCUGUAUGCAUGAGCUCACAAUCUUCCCCUUGGCUCCAAAUAUGGAUAGCUUACCCCGAAGUUUUUGACCCGGGGGUUGCAUUAUGAGAUGGUUUUUCUGGCUUCUUUUUUUCGAAACGAAAAAUGUCAUCAAGCGGUAGUGAUGUGGCAAAAGUGCCCUUAUACUUUAAAUGUAAUAGAAACAGUCUCAAAAUUUCAAUUUCAAUCUAAUCAAUCAAUGCUCACGCU